AAAAAAAAGAAUAUGAAUUCACCGUCAAAGUUGACGGAAUUUGCACCGUUGAGUCCAGAGGAAAGUCAACCUGUUGUUGCUUCACUUUUUUCUAAAUUCUUCAGUUUUACCAAAAGUCCUCAAAAUGUUGACGGUUCCAUCACCUUCCCUAAUAAUGAUGAACAAAGUUCUUCUGAUUCUGAUUCCUGGAAACAAUCGGAGAGUACAGAAAAGACACCAGAAGAAGAUACUUCUAGUAUAAUUAAUUUUCCAUUAGAUACACACGAAGGUCGUAGUUUGCCAAACGUUUUGAAACGUAUCAGAAAUAUUGUAGCUUCCAAGAGCAGCAAUCUGAAAUCAUAUAAAGAUUCUGAGCUUAGGAGUUAUUGGAUGCCGGAUAGCGUGAGCAAACAAUGUUACGAAUGCGGUGAAAGAUUCACUACUUUUCGUAGAAAACAUCACUGUCGUGUUUGUGGUCAAAUAUUUUGUUCAAAAUGUUGUUCCGAUCAAAUUCCAGGAAAAAUUAUGGGAUGUACAGGUGAUCUUAGAGUGUGUACAUAUUGUUGCAAAGUGGUUUUGUCAUAUUUACAAUCAUCCGACAUGAGAAGUGAUUUAUCGGCAGAUCUUAAAGCAUUGCAGGAAGAUCUUCAAGUAAAAUAUGGCAACGAUUCUCCACCUUUAACACAGAAAAAUUCAUCUGAAUGUACAGAAGGUGAAACUUCCAUUUGUAGAAAACCAAGUGUUGGUUACAUGGAAGAAAAAUAUGCUGUUGGACGAUCAGCAAAUAGUUAUUUAACAUCGCAAGAAUGUUCACUUGCUUUACAAAAUUCAGCAUCGCUUAGAGUAAUUUAUGAAGAAUUAUUCAGAUCAUGUCAAGCAAUUUUAUUACAAACGCACAGAAUUCGUUUGAAAAGUUAUCAUAAUUGUUUCAUAGCAAGUGAAUUAGUAAAUUGGAUGAUAGCACAAAAUAAAGCAGCAAAUAGGGUACAAGCAAUUACUAUAGGUCAAGCAUUACUUGAAGCAGGAUUUAUAGAACCUGUUACUUCUGAGAAUGUUUUCAGUGAUACAGCAGCUAUAUUUAAACCAGCCCAAUUAUCUCAAAUGCAAAAUACAGAUUUAUUAACAGAAAAUCAAGCCACUUGUGAUGCACAAGAACCUGCUUGGGUAAAAACUAUUUCUCAACAUGAUUCAACUACAGAUUUAAAUGUAGAAGCAUCAACUGUCACAUUGAAAAGACCAACUUCCGAGGAUUUAACAACAAUUUCGGUAGACAGUAACGAUGGAGUUAUAGAACAAAAAGAAGUAAACCUGAAAUCUCAUGAAUGUAAUUUUAAAGUAUCCGAUGAUCUUUUAAGUGACACAUUUCAAGUACAAGAAAUUAAAGAAAAAAGUGGUUGGCAUAAAGUAACUAAUCUUCGAUCUACGUUUGGAGAAAUGAGUGCCUAUAAUUGUUUAACAUCUGCGUACAAGCAGCAUGAAGAUUCAUUGAUCAAACAACUUCUUAAUAAAGAAGGUUUAUCACAAAUUUGGUCUGAAGUUAUAUUAAAUAUUGCACAUCAAAUAGUGGAUCAUGUUAGGCCUGAUUUAAAUCACAAUGCUGACGAUUUGGACAUUCGACAUUAUGUACAAAUAAAAAAGUGUAUUGGUGGUAGUAAGGAUGAAUGUGAAAUAGUAUCGGGAGUAGUUUGUACCAAGAAUGUAGCUCAUCGUGGAAUGAAUGCAAUGAUUGCUCAUCCGAAAAUUUUAUUAUUACAAUGUGGACUAAUGUACCAACGUGUAGAAGGCAAAUUAUUAAGUUUAGAACCUGUGAUGAUGCAGGAAAACGAAUACUUGGGUCAUACCGUAGCUAGAAUUACAGCUCUUGGACCUGACAUAGUUCUUGUUCAUCGAUCAGUUUCUAGACUAGCGCAAGAUAGAUUUAGAGAAUGUGGCGUUACUCUUAUUUUAAAUGUUAAAUUAAGUGUACUGGAACGUAUAGCCAGAUGCACAGGUGCAAAUAUUGUAAAUACUGUUGAUGCUCAUAUUAGUGCUCGUUACAUGCUUGGUACAUGUAAAAAGUUUUAUUUACGUAAUUUUCCUAACGAUAAAAAUGGGAUAAAAACAUUGAUGUAUUUUGAGGGUUGUGCAAAUGCACAUUUGGGAACUACUAUCCUACUACGUGGUGGAUCUUUACCAGAAUUGAAGAAAGUCAAAAAUGUUACAUCUACGAUGAUAUUCGCUGCAUAUUCCUGGCGUUUGGAAAAAUCAUUUCUCAUGGAUGAAUUUGCAAGACCACUUUCUCCAAAAGACAAUUCUUUCUUAGAUGAAACAACAAUGAAGAAUAAUAAUUCAGAUAACAAAAGUAAUGAACAAUUAUUGACUACCAAAGGAAAAGAUGACGUUGAAACUUUGUCAAAUAUUGAAAAUAACGAAGGCAGCAGCAUCGACACCAAAGAGAAUAUAAAUUUAUUACAAAUGUAUGAUAGCGGAAAUAUCUGUAGCAAUGAACGAGGUAUAGAUAAAACAUAUCCAAUUAAUCGCAACACGUUUAUGAAAGAUGAAGAUAUAGAAAAUCCUAGUGAAAAUGAUCAUUUAUUAAAUUCUUCUGCCCUUAAACAAAUAUCUUCUAUGUUGAACGAAGACAGUGAUCCUUAUGACACUUUGAAAUUAUUUAAAACAAAAAUCAGAUCCAAUAACAAUGAUUCAAAAAAUGUGGAACAAUCUUCUAAAGAUGUUACUCAAUGUUAUAGCAAUUCUAAUGUUGUUUCGAGUACUGUUAAAGGUAAUACAGAUAUACAAAAUAUUUCAUUUCAUUCUGGAAAUAAUCCAGAAAUAAAAUCAGCAGAACAAAGUAACGUAUCAAGGUGUGUAGAAGAAAAACGUAUUUAUGGUGAAUCUAUCAGCGAUCGUAGUGAUCCAUUGCAUCAAUAUUUAAACGAAGACGAAGAAGAUGUCUUUCAUCAAAUUAGUCCAAAUGGACAAUACUUGAGUGUUGCUGAUUUACCAUUGUUAAAUAAGUUUAAGAAAGCUUUAGAAGGUACGGUUCUCAGUGUUUCACCUUAUUUAAAAUUUUCAGUACCUUAUUUAGAGACAGAACCUGGACGUAAUUGUGUUUUAAGAAGUUUCUUUCCAAGAGAAAUAUUUUAUUCCGAACAAUUGUUAGAUAAAACGAAAGAAACAAGAACUAGUAACGUUUCUGUUGAACAAAAUUUACCUGAUAAAAAACCUCUGUUUAAUUUAACACUUAAACCUAGACAUCCAUUCAUAGAAGCAAAAUUAACAACGGAUGUUGAAAGUAAAGAAGUACAGGCACUUUUAGCACAUUUCCGAGCUUGUGGAAAUCGAUUGAAUCCAACGAAUAAUGUUCUGGUAGAAAAGCAACAACAAAAUGUACAAGUGGAAACUACUGAGUCGAAACCUAGUUGGCCAGAUUGUUUGGAUCCUGUUAAUCAUCAACGUUUGUCUGUAUUAUUUUGUAGCUUGUCACAUAUUGGUAAUGAUACUCCAUCCUUUUGUGUAUAUCCUUGGACCGUUAACAUGGAUUUAUAUGGACGGAAUGAUAUAGCAUUGGGAUGUUUUCUAGAACGUUAUUGUUUAACGUCAGAAUACAAAUGUCGUGCAAAAACUUGUCGUGCACAAAUUGCUCAACACGUCAGACGAUUUGUUCAUGACGGUGGAUGUGUAAGAAUUAGCUUAAGGGAAAUCAAUUCUGAACCUUUUGGUCAAGAAAAUAGUAAUCAAAUUCUUAUGUGGAGUAAAUGUAUAAAAUGUAAAAGUGUUUCACCAGUCGUACCGAUGUCAGAUGAUACUUGGUCUCUAUCAUUUGCCAAAUACCUCGAAUUAAAGUUUCACGGUAGUUCAUAUAUGAGAAGGGGUGCUGACAAUUGUCAACAUUCUCUUCAUCAUGAUCAUUAUCAAUAUUUCACGAGGAAAAAUAUGUUGGCCGUAUUCAAAUACACGAAGAUUUCUCAAUGGGAAAUUUCUUUACCACCACCAGUUAUAAAUAUUAUUUAUGAUCCAAAACAACAUGCCAAUGUUAUAGAAGAGAUGAAAAGUUUGGCUUUAAAAGGGGAUGACGUUUUUACGUGUAUAAGAGAAAAGUUAAAUUCGUUGCAAACAGAUGGUGAAAAUAUAAAUGCUGCUAAGCAACAGAUGAUGAAAGAUCAACAAUAUUUCAAAAAUAAAAUAGAGGAAAUACAAUUGAAAUUAACUUCUCCAACUUUGGAAAAUAAGAAACUUGAAGGAAAGAUUUCCGAAAAGCAAGUACAAAUUCUCAUGUAUAGAAUUGAAGAUGGUAUCGUCAUAUUAAAAAGAUUGAUAUCCGAAGCUGUGUCUAAUUGGAACGCAAGAAUUUUAGAAAUUUCAACUAAAAAGAAAGAUGAACGACCAAAAAAGUUCAUCGAACGAUCUAUGACAACUGGUAGCAGCAGUGGUAUUAUAGAUACUGAUGGAUAUAUAACAGAAGACACUGCAUCAGAAUCACAAUUGGAGGAUAUGAGUCCAAUGUCAGCUGAUUAUAAUGCAGUAGAUGCAAUUGCAAUAGCACAGAAUGAUUUACAAAGUAUUGACAUUAUGGACAAUUCAGAUAACGAAAUUCCAGAGAUUAAUAAUCCUGAAGAUAUCAUUACCGUGCAAGGAUCAUCACCCAAAAUGCAUCAAAGAUCUUAUUCGGAUGUUUUACCUUUGACAUCGGAAGACAUGCCUGAUAAAAAGAAAAAGAAGAAGACGAUCUUGUCUCAAUUAUUACCUUCUGUUUCUGUAACUCAACCAAUAGCUAAUCCAUUAGGACCAUUGGAACAUACAUUACUUCCACUUGGAUCUGUUGUACCAGUAGUUGUCUACGAAUCAGAGUUAUCUUCUAUAAUAGCCUAUGCAUUGGAUUCUCAUGAUUAUAAACAUUCUCUUCAAGAAUUACUUCGUACAACUAAAGGUCCAGAAUUAAAUGCCAGUCCAUUAAAUAAACGUAAAUUUUCGGAGAACAAGGAAAAUACAUCAGAAUUAACGCAAUCAGGAGAUUUCAAGAGACCAUCUGUAUUAUCUUUCUUAAGAGGAAACAGUCCAAAUCUUACUAGUCCAAUAGAAUCCGAUAAAAAUAUUUCAAGCGUAGAAUCAAUAGUACAAAAUUGUAAUGUUUCAAUGGAAACAGACGAAGACAAGAAACAAGUGAAACAGCAGAAUUUUAUUGAAGUUCAAUUUAACGAUACAACGACUAAUUUUUAUUGUAGGAUAUAUUUUCCGGCUCAAUUUUCUGCUUUAAGAAAAAACGUUUUACCUUGCGGAGAAGAUGGAUAUACUAGAAGUUUGAGUAGGACUGUUCAAUGGGCAGCUAGGGGUGGAAAAAGUGGGAGUGCUUUUUGUAAAAGUAGAGACGAUCGAUUUAUCAUAAAAGAAAUGUCCAAAUUAGAAAUGCAAAUAUUUCGAAGAUUUGCACCAAAUUAUUUUGCUUACAUGGAAAAGUGUCAGCAAAUGAAACAACCGACAUUAUUGGGAAAGAUAGUUGGUGUUUAUAGAGUAUCCUUUAAAAAUGAUACGACUAACAAUGGAAUAAGAACGAGUGUUUUGGUAAUGGAGAAUUUAUUUUAUAAUCGAGAAAUCACAGACAAGUUUGAUUUGAAGGGAUCUAUAAGGAAUCGACUGGCAAAUCCAGAUGAUACAGAUCACGAAGGGGAAUUAGUUUUGUUAGAUGAAAAUUUAUUGAACAUGAGCUGCGACUCACCUUUAUAUAUCAGAUCUCAUUCCAAGGCUGUGUUAAAUAAAGCGAUUGAAAGCGACACCAAAUUUUUAGCAGACAAUUCUGUUAUGGAUUAUUCGUUAUUAGUAGGAUUGGAACCGAGUUCAGGUGAACUUGUUUUAGGUAUAAUAGAUUAUAUAAGGACGUUCACGUGGGAUAAAAAAUUGGAAACAAUGGUUAAGAAAUCCGGUAUAUUAGGUGGACAAGGAAAAUUACCAACCAUCAUUUCACCGGAGGAAUACAGAGCUAGAUUUAUAGCAGCUAUGCAUCGUUAUUUUCUACCAGUACCAGAUAGAUGGUCUGAUCUAGGCAGAGGUGUUGAAACAAUCUCAUGAAAGAUAUAUAGAACAAGAAAAUCAGAUUGAAAAUUAGCAAUUUUCAAUAUUGUCAUCGUAUAUAUCCAUUGUAUAUACAUUUUCUACAUAAAACGAACACAUAUAUAUACAUACAUCAUUCUAUAAUAUAUAUAUAUAUAUAUAUACCUAGUGUACAGAAAGUAAUAUAACCACAGUAACGCGUGAUUUUUAAUAUAUACUUAUAUAUAAAAAAAUAUGAAAUUGAAUGAAUAAUUCAAUCGUUCAAUGAUUAUUAAUCUUUUAUAUUAAAUCAAACAAGUUAUUAUCUACUUUUUCACGUAUCUGUGAUCCUAUUUAU